CGGGCGCGGGGGGAUGUAGUUGUGAGGGGUGGGGCUUACUGCCUCGCGGUUGUUACCGGGCGGCGGCGGGGGGAAAAGGCGGGCGCUGACAGGAGUCCUCUGAGGGAGAGCAGGCAGGUGGCGGCUCUCGGCGCCCUCCGCGCAGCCCUUGGGAGCCCCGGUUUACUGUUUCUUCCCCCUCCUUGCCUGGGCCGCCCUGAGCGAGAGCGGCCGCGUGUGCCCCCCUCGCCCUCUCGGUCGCUGUUGUGUGAGGGAGGGCUGGCUGCAAACUCCGUGCUGAGGCACUUCAGCUCCGGAGAAAGAUGAAAGAUAGUGUCGCUGAAGAACAUUUAUAUUUGGGUUUUUCUCAUCAGUACAGAGAUAGUAUCUUUCCUCUUCAUACAUCUAUUUCACUGUUUUUGCUAUCCUACUGUGACUGCAAAUUAUUCAAAAUUUUCUUAGUGCCAACUGGUGAAAAUGUGGAUGAUCAGAUAGUGACAAAAAACCUCCUUGGUGAUCUUGAGGUCCAUUUCAUCUCCAGAAGUCAGCUUCCAGUGGUUGUGCAGAGCUGCUGUUUACCUGCUGUUGUUGUGAAAGAUGGCAAGUUCUGCCGAGCUGGGCUUUCUGUUGUCUUAAGGCAUAUCAUACAGAAAACAUAUGAGGCAGAUCCAUCUAAAAAGGAUGUUUUGGAACUCUUAGGCUUUAAGAAGACCUGCUUAAAAGCCUGUGCUGAAGUUAGCCAGUGGACCAGACUUUGUGAGAUCAGCAUACCCCUGGCUGUUGAAGGAUUUUUGACGGCAUCUCCUGAGCACUGUCAGACUAUUCCUCCUGACAUUUUACAGUUUGAAAGGAAGCUUGGAGAACCUGUCCGAGUACAUAAUGAUGACAAAAUUCGAAGGCAAAAGCUUCAACAGCAGAAGACAGGUGCCAAGGCUGCAGUGCAGCUUGAUGAAGAAGCAACAGAGGAAGGAAAACCAGUGGAAAUGCAUGAACAUCCUCUCCCAAGUUUGGAACUCAGCAUAGCUUUCUCCAAGCUCCUUGUCCAGGAAGUAUCAGAUGCGGUCAACAGGGAGGCCCCUCACAUCAGGAGAACAAAAACCUCCGACCUUCCGCUUUUGGACCACGUUUUUGCAGAAGGGCUUUAUUUUACCUUGGCAGAUAUGGUGCUUUUGCCAUGCAUCCAUCAGUUCUUGGUUUUCAGCAAAAAACAAGGCAAAAAUCUGGCAAAUUUGCCUCUCAUAUCCAGUUGGUAUCAAAGAGUUCAGAAAGUACCUGGAGUAAAGAAAGCUGCUGGCAAAUGCAAUAUGGAGCUUCUCCAGCUUCCAGAGUUGAUGUCUGCUCCAGAGGAAGCGCUACAAGACGUCUCUUCAGUUCCUGAUGAAUUAGAAGAGGAGAAUGAAGACAGUCAUUUUAUAGGUGGUCCAAGGCCAACUAUGACUAAGUUAACGGAAAAUGGUAUUGAAGCAAAGUUUUCUCCUCAUCCAUGCCCCAACUGGACCCUAGACUGGACCAACCUACCAUCUGCAGUCAGUCCUGGAGAAGGAAAGAUGUCUAGAGACCGGGCUCUGAGGAAGCAGCAGCAAUUGAAUAAUUUGGUAGCAGCGGUGACAAAGCUUGCUAAGCCUGGAGAUGUGAUUGUGGAUUUUUGCAGUGGAGGGGGCCAUGUUGGAAUUGUACUUGCUCACAUGAUGCCAUCAUGUCAGGUUGUGCUCAUAGAAAAUAAGGAGUUGUCUCUGAUCCGUGCUAAAGACAGAAGUGAUGAACUAGGUUUAAACAACAUUUGGUUCAUUCAAGCAAAUUUGGACUAUUUUAAUGGGACUUUUAACAUUGGGGUGGCUCUGCAUGCAUGUGGUGUGGCAACAGACAUGGUGAUCGAACACUGCAUCAAGGCACGAGCAGCCUUUGUCAUCUCCCCUUGUUGCUAUGGCUUCAUUCAAAACACAAUGAAGUUUAAAUAUCCACGAAGUCAUCAGUUCAAAGAAAUUUUGUCCUACAAGGAGCACAUGAUCCUUUGCAGAUUUGCAGAUCAGACAGCUGUUCAGCUUCCACCUGAACGCAGGCUAAUUGGAAAGCAGUGUAUGGGGCUUGUGGAUCUGGAUCGGGCUUGGGCUGCAGAAGCACAUAACUACUCUGUCCAAGUUAUAUCUAUGGAGCCAGAGAGUUGUUCUCCAAAGAACAAUAUGUUUGUGGGCAUCCCUAUUUAGAGUGUGAAACUUGCAUUUGAUUUGAGGUUGGACAUAAACCUUCAGCGUGUAAUGCAUCCAGCAGAUACAGGCGUAGCUGGGAACCAGACAUCACGCAUCUUGAACCCAUUGUGCUGGGAAAAGGAAGCAGCAGAAAAAGUCUAAGUGAACUGCAUGGAGAGCAUCACAAAUCGUACUUCUUAUGUGCCAUUAAGCAACUUUUGGUUCUCUUACUGAGAAGUUUCUGGAUCUAACAACUGUGCAUGGAAUCAUCCAUCUGCAAAGGUUUAGAAAAAUAUUGGUUUCAUUGAAGGGAAGGUGACUUCCUUUUCAGUAAAGCUGUCUUGGCCACUUCAAAACUGCAUUCAUGUUCAAAACUGCAUUUGUGCUCAUAAGCAGAGCAGUUAUUAGCCAAUAGAGCAGAUCAUGAGAGGACCAGAAAAGGUCAAAUUUAUGGUGUUAGUGAAGAAGGUUGUGCAACAGCUGGUGGCUUGAUUUGGCGAAAGAAUUCCGUGCUACUGUAGGAAGAUUAUUUUUAAUAAAGGUUCAUCAGAAUACUUCAGGCAUCAUUCUGCUUAUAGAAAAAUGUAUUCUAACUUAUCAAUCUUUUUGCAAAGACUUAAAAAUUUUCUUUAAAUAUUACACAAGAAUUCUGUAACCAGGCAUUUGAAAGUGUUUUUAGUUAAAAAAAGUAAACCCCUACUUAUCCAUUGACUGGAUAAAAGGAGCUAGCGAUGAUGUUAGCGAAUGGAUACUUCACUGCCUCCUCUGCUAAUUGAAGUGUAUUGCUACCCAUUCUUAAGAAACUUGCUGUCAGAAGGAAGUUUUAAGGACAGCUGGUGUGCCUAUAUACAGAAUCUUCAUUGAUUUUUAUAUUCAGUUUAAAAUUUGAACAAAGUUGCAGUUGUGGAACCAUUUGGAAAGAUCAACCACAGACACGUUACUGUAAAAUGAAAAUAAAUGUUCUUCUGUGCUCUGA